AUGUCAACAGUUCGUCAUGUGGACAAAAAUAUCAUAUUUGUGCUUAAGGAAUAGUAGUAAAAUAAUGAAAUGAAACAAUAAAGUAUAUAAUUAACAAUAAUAUAGUCCGCAAAAUUAAUAAAGAGAAGUUAAAAAUAAUCUUAUAAAUAAGUGGAUGCAAAGUUUCUCAUUCGUAUCAUUUAUGUGAAAAAAUAUUUGUUUAAAUACUCAGUAAAUUGUCGGGUACAAAAAAAGUCAAUACUUUUAGAAAAUAUUGAUAAACAAAAGAAUGCCGUAUUCUUUGAUCAAAUUUCUAAUGAAUAAUUUAAAUAAAUGACUAUAACUGAGAAAGAGUUUAAAGAACAUGUAUUUAGUUCACUUCUUGAAAAAAAAUAUAUUUAAGUGAAAGGAGAACUAUACAGAGAAGAUUUUGAAAUAGCAUGGAGUUUAACAGAAAAGAAACAACCAUUAAUAAUUUUGUUAGGUGGAACAUCAGGUACAGGUAAAAGUACAGCAAGCAGUAUUUUAGCAUCAAGAUUUGGCAUAUCUACAGUAUUAAGGUAAGAAUAAAUUGAUUAUUAAAAUAGUACAGAUUCUAUAAGACAUAUUAUGAGGAAUUUCUUAUCUAAAGAUGAUAAUCCUGUAUUAUUUGCUAGUACUUAUGAAGCUGGUAAGACUUUACCAGACUUAAAUAUUAGUGAUUAAAGAAGGAUUAUUAAAGGUUAUAAAGCAUAAUGUCAUUUAGUAUAAUAAAGAUUAGAAUAUGUUAUUGAAACAUUUAAUUAAAAGAUGGAAUCUAUUAUUGUUGAAGGAGUACAUUUAACACCUAUUUUCAUGAUGAAAAUGAUGAAAAAAUAUAAGAGAGUGUUACCGUUUGCAAUAUGUAUAAAGAAGGAAUCAAAACAUAAAGAGAGAUUUGCAGUUAGAUCAAAAUAUAUGACAUUAGAUUCAAGACAUAAUAAAUAUAUUGAAAACUUUUAAAAUAUUAGAUUAAUUUAGAAAUGGUUUCUAGAAAAAGCAGAUGAAUUUCUUAUUCCUAAAGUUGAUAAUGUUAAUGUUGAUAAAAGUAUUGAUACUAUUCAUAGAACAAUCAUUUAAUAUAUUAAACAUUCAUGUGAAGAUAUAUAAAUUAAUGAAUUAAAAAAUGCUUUACCUAUUUAUGAAGAAUUUAAUAAAAUUAUUAAUAGUGUUAUUAAUGAUGCUUAAAAUUCAAAAGAAGUUAAAGAUUAUAUUCAUAGCAAAGUUAAUAAAUCAGAAAUAGUUGAAUAAUUUAUAUAAUAAAUGAAUGAAUAUUAAGUUGAUACAAAUACUCCUCCUAUUUUAGAAAGUGAUAAAUCUAAUCCUAAAGUACUUAUUUAAUAAUCUGUAUAAAAAUUUAAUGAAAUCAAUUCUAAAAAUGAAAAAGCAGAUAAUUAAAAUAAUCUAACAAAUAAAACAGAAGUUAAUUAUAUUGUUGAUGAUUUAAAUGAAAAAAAAGAUAAUAUAAAUCAUAUAAGUGAUUAAGAAGAUGAAACAGAAGAACGUAGAAGAAGAAAUCAAGAUAAAAAUACUAUUGAAAAAUUAAAAAAAACUAAAUCUUUAGAAACACUUGUUACAAUUGCAAAUGAAGAAUAAAUUUAAAAGGAACCUAUUAAAGAAUAGACUGUUAAAAAAAACUUAAGAGUUGUAUUUUAAGAAUUGGAAAAUGAUAAAGAUGAAUAAGAAUUUAUUGAAUAACGUCCUCAUAAAACUAAUUAUAAAGGUAUUCUAUAACAUCUAACUAAACAUAAAAGAAUAUUUAUUAGUAAAAGUAUACCAUCUUCUAAUCUUAUUUUUAUUAAGAAAAUGAUAUCUAAUUAUAAUAAAAAUUAUUAAAGUCAUGAUAGAAUUAAAUUACUUUAAAAUAAUGAUGGAAGUUAUUGUUUAUUUAAAAUUAAUGUACAAAAAAUUCAUAAAAAAAAUGCAUCUAGAGAAGAAUCUUCAAGUGAACCUGAUGAUAAGUAAAUCCUAUUUUUAUUUAUUUAUAGUGAUUAAUCUAUUGCUUAGUAAGGUAAAUCAUUCAUGACUCCAUCUAACUUCCCAUUUAGUGAAAGAAGAGAUUAAUCUGAUGGAGAUUCUGUAAGAUUUCGUAAUGAUGGAAUUAGUGAUGAGGAAGAAAUUGAAAAUGAUAAUGAUGCUGAAAAUUCUGUCGAAGGUAUACAUAUUUAUAAAUACUAAAAGCAUCUAGUUCUGAGGAAGAAGGAGCUUUAGAAAAUUUGAAAUCAAAAAUAAAUGAUGAUGAAGAAGAUUAUUUUGAAUUAUAAAAUAUCAUAGAAGAGGAUGAAUUUUAAGAAGAAAUAGAUUAACCAAUAUAAAAUGAUUUAAUUUAAUUGAAAAUGCUCUGA